UUUUUUAUUUUAUUUUAAUCAAGAGGGACUCGAGGGAGGCUGUCCGUUGGUCUUCCAUGGCUGCCGACGGGUGGCCACUCUAAACGUUCAGCAACGGACCUCCGCCCCCACAUGACGUUCACCCCCACAUUCGGCUCUAAGCGCCACCAAUCACUGGUCCUUAGAUCGUAUAUCCUCUCCAGGCUUCUCCUUUUAGCUCUCACCAUCGUCUGGCGCACACUCCUCACCCCCUACGACACCUCCGCCCCACUCAACCCUUCCUGCCUAUCCCACCACCACGAUCCCCCACUGAUUCUCUUUCCCUCUGUGGCCUCCGCCGUCGAACGCGGCGUCGUGUGGGACUCCGUCUACUUCCUCCGCAUCGCCCACUGUGGCUACGAGUACGAGCUGUCCUACGCCUUCCUCCCUCUCCUCCCCCUCGCAAUUUCCUUCCUCUCUCGCACGGUAUUUGCGCCGUUGGUACCUUUAAUCGGAUAUAGAGCGGUGCUGGAGCUGUCUGGCUCUGUGAUCAAUAACCUCACGUUUGUCUUCGCGGCGAUAUACUUUUACAAGCUUUCAGUUAUUAUUUUGAAGGAUUCUGACUCCGCAUUGCGGGCUUCCAUCUUGUUUUGCUUCAAUCCAGCAGCAGUAUUUUAUUCGGCGAUAUAUUCAGAGAGUCUGUAUGCCCUGUUUUCUAUUGGAGGGAUAUACCACCUGGUCACAGGUGGAAAUAGUAUUGCCGUUCUUCUGCUUGCUCUCUCUACUUGUGCCAGGUCUAACAGAGUGCUUAACGCGGGCUAUUUUUGUUUUCCGACGCUACAUUGAGCUUAUGAUGCUGUAUUUGUCAAAAAACAUGCUUAUGUCCUUAUUUCUGGUGAUUUGAGCUGCAUAUGUAUUUUCACUCCAUUUAUUGCGUUUCAAGCAUAUGGAUACUACAAUAUAUGUCUAGGACAUUCCAUAGAUGAAGUGAGGCCCUGGUGCAAAGCAAGACUACCUCUUCUGUGCAAGUAUAUUCAAAGUCAUUAUUGGUAUGCUCUCUUUUUUUCUAGUGUUGAUGACCUUGCUAAUCGCCUCAUUGCUUUUUAUGCAGCUGUAAUGCUUGAAACACUUUUACCUAUCACGCAGAUAGAUGGCUGAUAGAUUUAAAAUUUUCCUUUUGCUUGUUGAGACUUGCUUUACAGAAAUAUCUCGAAAUGAAUGCUUGUUUCACUGGGAGCAUCAUCAAUUCUUUCAUAUCUGUUCUAAGCCUCAUAAAAUUUAUUGCCUUGUCUAGCUUUCAGAAAAAAAAAAAUGGUUAUUUUUUUAAGUCCAUGUAACUUGCAGCAGUGAACUACCUCUCUAUGCAUAGUUAACUUCUCUUUUUGUUAUUUCAUGUAAUAUUUUAUUAUUUAAAUAAUAAAACACAAACGAGACGUUUAUAUAUAUAAAUAUUGUACACACUGAUGGUUUCUUUUGAUGCCAGGGGGUUAGGUUUCUUGAGAUAGAUCUUUUUUUUUUUUUUUUUGAGUAGGUUUCUUGAGAUAUUUUCAGCUGAAACAGUUGCCAAGCUUCUUACUCGCAUCUCCUAUAUUGUCUUUGGCACUUUGUUUGAUUGUCUAUUAUGCAAAGGCAAGGCCUGAAAUUUUUUUCUCCCUGGGCUUUCUAGCUUCUGUUGAGGAAAAGAAUUCUUCAGCAGUGCUUUUCUCUCUGGAGACAGUUCAAAGAUCAAGUAUUGCCUGCUUUCCAGAUAAAUCUUCUUCUAAGAUUCAAGUUAUUACUUAAAAAAAAAAAAAAAAUUGUGUUUCUUGACACUGAUUGACUUACGCUUUUUUGAAGGGAAUAUAUCAUACAUCAAAUCAUGAAUAGUUGAAGUCACUGUCUAGAUAACCAGUUAGACCUGUCUUUAGACAUUUAUUUUGGUCUCUUUCUAUAUAGUGCCCAGAAGUGUACUCAUAUUUUUUCAUUUUUAGUGUUUGACUCAUCCUAAUGUUAUACUGAUAAAGUGUAAAAACUGCAUAAUUAUGUUGCUAAAGUGACUAAAUUGUUUAACCAAAAAAAUGAAUUGAACACUUAAUUAUGCAGUAAAUUAUAAACUGGAGUCAAUGAAUUAUGCAAGUAGAACUUUUAAUGGAGCCCAAAGAAAUUAUUCUACCACAGAAAAAGAAUUACUUUCUGUAGUUUUUGCAUUAGACAAGUUUUGAACUUAUAUUCUUGGAUCUCGUGUGGUUAUUUUCACUGACCAUACAGCGUUAAAGUAUCUAUUGUCGAAGAAGGAUGCCAAACCACGAUUGAUCCAAUGGAUUCUUCUUCUCCAAGAAUUCAACCUUAUCAUCAAGGACAAAAAGAGUGCUGAAAACAUAGUUGCUGACCACUUGUCUCUACUUACAUUUGCUGAAAAUGAGCACACUAUCCCGAUCCUUGACUCUUUUUCUGAUGAGCAAUUAAUGUUAGUUGAAAAUUUGCCUUGAUUUGUUGACAUAGUUAAUUUUUUGGUAACAGGACAAAUUCCGGCCCAUUGGAGUGCUCAAGACAUAUGAAAAUUCAAGCAUGAGAUUAAGUCAUUCUUCUAUGAUGAUCCUUAUCUGUUUAAAUAUUGUUCUGAUCAAAUCAUAAGGAAAUGUGUGCCUGAUCAUGAAAUACAAGCUGUUCUUUCCUUUUGUCAUAUUGAGGCCUGUGGGGGACAUUUUUCUGCACAUAAAACCGUUGCAAAAAUUUUACAAAGUGGAUUUUAUUGGCCUUAUAUGUUUAAAGAUGCAUACAUUUUUUGCAAGACUUGUGAGCUAUGUCAAAAAUUAGUCAUAGUCACUAAGAGGAACAUGAUUUCUCUACAACCCAUUUUGGUCAUUGAGAUUUUUUAUUAUUGGGGGAUUGAUUUUAUGGGGCCAUUUCCAUCUUCUUUUGGUUAUUUAUAUAUCCUCGUGGCGGUUGAUUAUGUUUCUAAGUGGAUUGAAGCCAUUCCAUGUAAAACAAAUAACCAUAAGGUAGUGCUUAAGUUCUUGAAAGAAAACAUUUUUGCUAGAUUUGGCAUGCCUAGCUAUCAUUAGUGAUAAUGGAACCCAUUUUUGCAACAAACCCUUUGCUGCCCUCAUGAAAAAAUAUGGUAUACAUCAUAAGGUUUCCAUUCCAUAUCACGCUCAAACAACUAGGCAAGUUGAAUUAGCUAAUAGGGAGCUUAAGCACAUCUUAGAAAAACCAGUCAACCCCAACAGAAAAGAUUGGUCUUUAAGGCUGACUGAUGCACUUUGGGCUUAUAGGGCAGCCUUUAAAACUUCUCUUAACAUGUCUCUUUAUCGCUUGAUAUAUGGAAAAGCAUGUCAUCUUCCCGUUGAGCAUGAACAUAAGGCAUAUUGGGCUGUUAAACAAUUCAAUUUUUCCAUUGACCAUGCUGGUUCUAUGAGAAAAUUUUAGAUUUCAGAAUGGGAUGAGCUUAGGCCAGAUGCAUAUGACAAUUCCAAAUUGUCAAAUGAGUGCAUGAAGGUGUUACAUGACAAGCACAUCCAAAGAAAGAAUUUUGAGCCCAAUGAACAAGUUUUGCUUUACAAUUCUCGCCUCCAUCUAUUUCCAGGCAAAUUAAGAUCGAGGUAGAGUGGUCCUUAUUUAGUUAAGGCUGUGUUUCCAUAUAGAACUGUUGAGAUUACUAAUCCUCAAAAUGAAAACACUUUCAAAGUAAAUGGCCAACGAUUUAAACAUUUUUAGGCAAAACUUUCACUUGAGGAUACUUCCAUUCCUUUGGAAGAUCCUACUUAUUCUCAUGAUCAUUAGUUCAUUUUUGUUCUGCUUUAAUUUCUUUUCUUUUCUAUUUCUGUUUUUGUUUAUUUCACUUCUAUGUUUUGUUCCUUCCUUUGUUUUCUUUUUUCUUUUUCUUCAUUCUAUCUUUUCAGGCUCAGCACUGUUUAUUUCUUUUCUUUUCUUUUUUUUCUAGUUUCAUUUUUACUUUCAUGAUCCUCUUAGCCAUCUCAGGUAUUUUCCUUCGGCCUUAUUUUCUUUCAUGCCUUAUUUUAUUCAUGAUUUGCAGUGAGGACACUCCCCAUUUUAGUUGGGGGGUAAGGAGAGUCUUCUACCACUUAGUCUCUCAGGAUUUAUAAUUGUGGGGUCUAAAUAUUUUCUGGCGUUUUUAUUUUUUCCACCCUUAAACUAUCAAAAAAAAAUAUUUUAUGACUACCAAGUUACUGUUUUCACACUUCUCUACUUAAGAUCAAAUAAUUGCAGUCUUGGGCCACACUAACUCCCAUUGGUAUUGGUUUAAAUUCAACACAGGACCUUAUGAUAAGUCUUAGCAACUCAAACUUGGGCAAUGUAUUUCAAAGCUAUUGAUUGAUGACCCUAAUAGACACAAGAUAAAUACUUUUGUUGUUUGAUUGAUGUCAAUCAGUGGAUUUCACCCAAGCAGCUAGCAAUAACUCUAAUGAACCAUAUCUUAACGAUAAAAAAAAAAAAAAAAAAAAAAAAACAUCCUUUAGGUAGUCUAGUGGUAAGGGCCGACUUGUGGAAGUGUGGGUAGGCGCACAUUCAUAGGUCUGAUUCCCCCUAGAAAACCAAGAGGUGUGGCGACCUAGUGAUAAGGGCUUAUUUGUGAAAGUGUGGGUAGACGCACAUUCAUAGGUCUGACCCCCACUAGGAAGAAAAAAAAAAAGAAGAAGAAGAAGAAGAAGAAGAAGAAAAAAAAAGGAAAAAAGAAAAAAGAAAAGGGCGUCUUUCAAAGUGCAUGAAAGCCACCAAAUAAUGGUUUUGAAUUGGAGUAAAGACCUUUUGGUUUUUCUUGAAAAAGCUGCUAGGCUGAUACUACUGUGAGAGAUCUUGAAACCAACAAAUGGAAAUUUGUUCACACACUUGAUGCACUCAAAGAUCUGCAGCUUAAAUUCAUUUCCCUUGUUUGAGUUCUUGAGAAUUUUAUAAGCCUUUGUGUUGAGCUAUAACCUGACCUAACUACAUUCUAAUACCCAAGACUUCAAAAUGAUUUGAUCUUUUGUAGAGAUUUUUGAGUUAAGUGGCUCACUCUUGGAUCAUUCAUUCUUUGAUUGCAUUAUUUGCUAGAGAUUAGCAAAAAGCUAGUUGGGGGGUGUGAUAAAGUGUAAAAAUUGCAUAAUUAAGUUGCCAAAGUGACUAAAUUGUUUAACCAAAAAAAUGAAUUGAACACUUAAUUAUACAGUAAAUUAUAAACUAGAGUCAAUUGUUAAAUCACUUGACUGUCUCUUGUCUCCCAUUUAUUCUGCAAUUGACAUUUAUGGCGGCCACAGCAUUUUUUUUUCAUGCAUGUGCAGGUUAGACUCAUUCAUCUGUUAACUUUGAUUAUUUUCUUUGAUCUGUUGAAGAUUAUACCCUUUUUAAAUAGGCCUUACGAAUUUAUUUUGCACUGGUUCCUUUCUUGUGUUGGUUCAACUUAGUCUUGAGCAUGAAAAGGGUAUGCUUGCUGAUGAUCAUAUGGAGGUCCGUGGGGUUUAUGUCUACAGCUUCAUAGGUUUGGAAGUAGGACUAGAUAACCCAUGCCAAGUUUCAUCUCUUUGCUCACAGGAAAGUUGACCUCCUAUAUGUGGUUAUCUAUUGGGUGCCCAAUAGAGGUGUACAGCCCACUUGAUCGAUUUAUGCUCCCCUAUUAGAAUAACAAAAGAGAAUGAACAAAAACACCUGAGUUCUACAAAAUUGAGCUUUUGCAAAGAUAUAGCCCACUUUUAACUCAAGAAAACAUUGACAAAUCAAUGUCUCUUUUUAUUUCUUUUAAAGCACAAGAUGCUUUCAAAUAUACUUGCAUUUAUUUGUUUAUAGUUUGUGAAGCAUGGAGUAUUCCCAAAUAAACUUCAAACUUACCUAUCCAAAAAAAAAAAAACCUGAAACUCUGCAACUGUAUUCCAAGUGCUUCGUAAUGCAGGCCUUAGAACUACAAUCUGUUUAUCGGUGUCUAUUUAUAAAAAUAAUAAUAAAAAAAAAAAAUCUUUAAUUGGUGUCUUUCUGAAAGAAGCUUUUCAAGUAUGUUUUAAAUUUGCUGGAUUGCCAUUAUUUGAAGAUAGGAUUUUUCUGAAGUUUGGUUUUUGGCAGGUGGCUACACGCUUUUUGUCUGCCAGCCCUCCCUUUAUUGGUUUGCCUCAAAUCUAAUGGCACAACGUAGGAGAUGGGCGUAUCUGAUUUGGGCAUCUCUGCAGCCUACAUACUUCUUGGCAGUAUAUUAUUUUCAAACUUUUACCCUUUCACAUGAUAAGGGCGGUAGUAGCCCUCUUACCUGCAGGCUAAGGGCUGGUCUAAAUGCAUGUGGGUUUGCAUCAUUCACCUCGGCUUGGAUUGAUUUCAUAUGCAGAACGAUAAGAGCUAAAAUCAACUUCUUUUCAUGUUA